GUUACGCAGCUCCGUUGACUGGUUGUAUAUUUUGUAUUCGCGCGAGUUAGCUGUGCUGUGAGCUGUGACCGCACCGCACCGGUUUGAGUUUUCGAGUCGAGUCUGAUUCGAUUCCGAGUCGAGUUUUAUUUCGUCGCUUCGCAUAAGCGGCACCACACUUUAAAACUGUUCCGGCCGCGGAACGCGGUUUUCUUUUUGGUUGAAUUCAUUUUGCGGCUAAACAUUGCUUCGGGGCCUGCUCCACAAGACGUACAGACCCAUCGGGAUCGAGCCGCCAGAGCAGCUUCUUGUUUUGUUAUCAAUCUACAACAACAGCAGCAGCAGGAGCAGCAGCAACAGAACAACGACAAAAAACAGAGAAAGAAACUAACAAAAACUAACAUUCGUUUGGGGAUUGCCCGGCAGUAAAGAGCAAAGCAGAGAAGCCGAACGAGCGCAUCCGCCUCUCGAAUGCCUUAUCAGUAGCACGGAUCUAGAACUGCCGUAGGAACACACAGGAGAAGGUCCGACCCCAAACCAGGCCCAGGCCCAGGGCAAGACCCAGACCCAGGGCAAAAACCGACCACUACCACUCAAUUUGGAUUUGGAGUGCCAUUCUCGCGCUGUCUCGUAAAUUAAUGUCAUAAAUUAAUUUGGAACUCUGCCCGUCGUUGACAUUGCAACCGGUGUCGGCAUCUCGUUGCCGCUGUCGUCCCAACAUCUACAUUUCGGGUGCGGUCAGGAACGCGUCCGUUUGGAAGCCAUCGUCGUGUCUCCCAAUCAUCCUACCUGCCGAAAAGUCAAGUGUGAGUGUGUUGUGCGUGCUCGUGUGUGACCCUAAUGUUCUUUAAAUUACCUUCAUGCUGAAAAAAAUAGAUAAAUUAAAUAAAUAAUACCUACAAAUAUAAAAAGAAACGUAUUUAAGGUUUUAAAUUCGUCAUAGUAGAUGCAUACUCUUGAAGCAGCCUCCUUGCUGACGACGACGCCAACGGCUUGCUUACUGAUAUGAAUAAUAUGCAGGCAAGGUUUUCUUAAGUGGUUGAACCUUUGCGUGAACAACACAACGUUCACAGUGUUCUCGACUGCCAAACCGAUCGUAAAUAAGGCUUUAUUUUUUGCCAACAACAAUCGCCCACGUCUAUGCGACAAGUGUCCAGUGUUCUAUCAAGUUCAUGUGAAUCAUAAAUACCGUAAAUAGCUAAGCGCAGAGGACUACCCAGGACCAACAUAGCAUCGAAACUUCCUCCGUCGGAUAGCCACCAGAUAGCAGCGACAGAAGGCGAAAGCAGAAGCAGAAGCCAACGGACUACGAACAUACAGUAACAGCAACAUACCACGCCAGACAAAAAUCAUCCUUGGAAAUAGACCUCGUGUCAUUCCAAAAGAAGCACAUGGGCGUCUGCACCGAGGAGCGCCCUGUGAUGCAUUGGCAGCAGAGCGCAAGAUUUCUUGGGCCCGGCGCAAGAGAGAAACAUCCAACACCACCUGUAGCACAUCAGGGGAGCAAUCAAUGUGGCAGUGCUGCAGGUGCAAAUAACAAUCACCCAUUGUUUCGCACAUGCUCCACAUCCUCGUGUCCAGAAAUUUGUGAUCACAGUACAAAGCCAUUCGGCAAUGCAUACGGCACCGAGUCAUUUAGAAGCUAUGAAACCGCCGAUCGUGCCACCUUCGAGGACUCCACGGCCAAGUUCUCGAUUAGUCGCAGUCGCACGGACUGCACUGAGGUCAGCGACGAGACCACAUCGGGCAUUUCAUUCAAAACGGAACCAUUCGGACCACCCAGCAGUCCGGAUUCCACGAACGAUAGCAAAAACACGCGCAAUCUCGAUGAUUGUGCAGGCUGUGGGCGGCAAAUACAGGAUCGUUUCUACCUCUCCGCUGUGGAAAAACGCUGGCACGCCAGCUGCUUGCAGUGCUACGCCUGUCGGCAGCCGCUGGAACGGGAAUCCUCAUGUUACUCACGUGAUGGCAACAUUUAUUGCAAAAACGAUUAUUAUAGAUUUUUCGGUACUCGCCGUUGCUCCCGCUGUCUGGCUUCCAUCAGCUCCAAUGAGCUAGUGAUGCGCGCACGGAACCUGGUCUUUCAUGUGAAUUGCUUCUGCUGCACGGUCUGCCACACGCCCCUCACCAAGGGCGACCAGUACGGCAUCAUCGAUGCACUCAUAUACUGCAGAACCCACUACAGCAUAGCGAGGGAGGGAGACGCCGCAUCGUCCAGCAUGAGUGCCACGUAUCCAUACAGCUCGCAGUUCGGCUCGCCGCACAAUGACUCGUCGAGCCCACCCUCGGAUCCAAGUCGGAGUAUUGUUCCUACGGGCAUCUUUGUGCCCACAUCACAUGUCAUCACCGGGUUGCCGCAGCCGGCGCGACAGAAGGGCAGGCCGCGCAAGAGCAAGCCCAAGGACAUCGAGGCGUUCACCGCGAAUAUAGAUCUCAACACAGAAUACGUGGACUUUGGCCGAGGAUCGCACAUGGGCUCCUCGUCGCGCACCAAGCGCAUGCGCACCUCGUUCAAGCACCACCAGCUGCGCACAAUGAAGUCCUACUUUGCCAUCAAUCACAAUCCCGAUGCCAAGGAUCUGAAGCAGUUGUCGCAGAAAACGGGUUUACCAAAGAGAGUCCUACAGGUCUGGUUUCAAAAUGCCCGGGCCAAAUGGCGCCGCAUGAUGAUGAAGCAGGAUGGCAGUGGCAUGCUAGAGAAAGGAGACGGCACCCUGGACCUGGACAGCAUCUCGGUUCAUAGUCCAACAUCGUUUAUAAUGGGCGGACCCAAUAGUACGCCGCCCCACAACAUGGACUAACAUCUGCUCAGGGAAAAUGGGAACGAUGCUGCCUUCAACAUGGAGCUCGUGGGCCUCCGCCAAAGCUGCCCCUGUCCCUGUCCCUAUCCCUCUCCCUGUGCCGGUUCCUUCCGGGAACAAAGCAUAUUGGUGGACCUGUUGAGUGGCAGUGACAAUUAGAUCGUGUGGGACCCGAAUCGGAAAAGUCCACGCAUGCAUGCAUGGACAUACCACAUUCAAAACUUCAAAUAUACUACCCCUAGAGAAUGUUGUUAGACAAGCUAGCUAGCUGCCUGCUUAGCUGUUGAAAAGCGUAUAACUUAUGUAUUUUUGUAGUCGCUUCUAACUCGUUGCCAGCACUAAAUACUGCUUGACUGGGUUUCAGACGACAGCUCACAGCUCUCAGCCAUGACAUGACUGCUCCAAGGCUUUCGGUAGUUGGUAUUUUUGCGCUGCAGGUCAUCCCCGUGUUGUUUCUAUUUCUAUCGUUCAUUUGUAAAUAUGUACUGAAACCUUAUAGCAUAUGUACUGGCUUAGACACCGGAUAUUGUUAAUAUAUUAAUAUUAUUUAUAGCGUACACUUCAUCACAUAUUUAUAUAAAAUGAAAAAUGAAUAAAUGUAUCUAUAUACAUAUGCCCACAAAUACGCAUAAUAUAUAUUUAUAUGUAUUUAAUAUUCAUUGCCCAAAUUUAAAUAGUUAGAGAUGAAUUUAGUUUAGCGAGAAGCGGUCUAUAAAAUAUAGUGCAUAUAUCGUACCAGUAGAAUAACUGUACUAAUUGUACUUUACAAGCUUCAAACGCGGUGAAAGUUAUGAAAGCAAUGACAUAUAACCGAAGCAAAGUGAGCAACAAGAGAUUUGUACUUACAAAUAGUUUAACCAUAAGUCGUACCAUAGAAGCCAAAUAAAAAUUAUUAAAACAAUCGAAGAUACAUAUACA